GUUAGCGGGCACACGCCUUUCCUCAUCAAUAACACACAUACGCACACACACACAGCGGGAUGAAACAGCUGGUUGUGCAUUUCACUGGUAAACGCGUUCGCGUUUAUUAUUUUCGACACACUCAUUUAUGAGUGUAUUCACACACACACACACACACCCGCGCGGGUAUAUCUGGAUAUUUAAACGCGCGCGACAAACACAUAUGAGCUUAUAUAUAAACAUAUGUUUGAAACAUCUGAUGUGAAAUUGUGAAUCAGGAUCCGAAACCGCAGAGACUCGGUUCACACAGAGAGAAACGCCCGUGCGUGUCGCGCGCGUCUUGUUUUUUAAUCACGCGACGCGCGUCAGGGAAUAACCCGAAUUAAACUCAACUUUGGUGUUUGGUUAGUUUGCUCUCCGGGAGCCGCAGCUCUUCAUCUUCUUCAUCAUCACCAGGAGGAAGAUGAUGAAGACGAUGAUGUCCGGGGAAGAGGUUCUGAUCCCGGAUGAUCGCGCGUUCAGUCGCUUUCAACGCGAGUGUGAGUGCGAUGAAGGCUGGACUCCGACCUACAACAAGUCCAGCAUCUGUGUGUGGAUCCAGAUCCUGGAGGAGGAGAAGAGCUUGCACAAGAUCAAGUGUCGUAUGCAGUGUAAGGACAUCCCCGCCGAGACCAUGUACGACGUGCUCCACGACAUCGAGUAUCGGCGGAAGUGGGACGCAAACGUCAUCGAGACCUUCGACAUCGGCAAACUGACGGUCAACGCAGACGUGGGCUAUUACUCCUGGAAGUGUCCGAAGCCGCUGAAGAACCGUGAUGUCAUCACCCUGCGCUCAUGGCUGCCGAUGGGCAACGAUUACAUCAUCAUGAACUACUCUGUCAAACACGCCAAAUAUCCUCCUAAGAAGGAUCUGGUUCGAGCCGUUUCUAUUCAGACGGGAUACUUGAUCCAGCGCACCGGCCCCACCAGCUGCACACUGACAUACCUGGCACAGGUGGACCCGAGAGGUUCUCUUCCUAAGUGGGUUGUUAACAAGUCUUCCCAGUUCUUGGCACCCAAAGCGAUGAAGCGCAUCAGUAAAGCGUGUGUUCGGUAUCCGGAGUGGAAGCAGAAACACAGUCCUGGCUUCAAGCCGUGGCUUUUCCCGGAGCAGAACCGGCUGUCCAACGUCCCGCUGUCCGAACUCUGCAUCCAACACGCAGAAUCCCUGGAGAACAUCGACGAGAGCUCGCUCCGAGAGAGCAAAGACGAGCGCGCCGAGCACAGCGACGAGGAGGGACACAACUGACACACACACACACACACCUGUGAGCAAUCCUGAGGUCAGAUCAGCACAGUUAAGGGGAGAGUGUGAGAGUGUGUGUGUGAGAGUUUGAUUUCGAUUUAAUUCAGUUAUGAAGAUGUAAAUUAUAUUGAAUUAAGAAGUGAUUUCUGGCUGUUUCCUGCUCGACGGAUCGACCUCUGACCUUCAGCACGCAUGCAGACACGACACUGGAAACGCUGAGUUGAUCUGUUGUACGACACUAGAGUUCAAUCAAUCAAUGAAUGUAGUAACCAAGAAUUAAAAACGAAUUACUGCCUGUUUUUGGA